AUGGAACAUAUUUUCGUUUCAACACAAUUUCGAUGCGAAACAGGGCCAACAAUUGUUGGUGACCACGAAUCUAAUCCAGAAUUAAUGGCUCAGGUCGGAGCUAAAAUGGUUAUGCAAUUAGGCAAUCGUUUUGCAGAAUAUAUUACUGAAUGGACACCUAGAAAAGUUUUGGACCGAUUAUCAGAAUUGGGCUUCCGAGUAAUUUGUAAGCAAUUUUUGAAACAAAAAUAA